AUGGCCGAGCCACGCAGCCCGGUAUCCGCAUCUGUACCCCACAAUCCGAUGGUGUUGCCCACCCCGGAGGGCUCGACCCUUGAGAUGGACCCGGUGGAGUACACCCUCCGCAAGCGACUGCCCCGCAAACUGCCCAAACGACGGAACGACGUCUACGUCAAUAUGAAAACAGACUUCAAGGCCCAGCUGGCGAGGUGUCAGAAACUUCUGGACGCUCACAGGGAAAUCUGCAUCCACGGUCUGGGACUGGCUAUCAACCGGGCCAUUAACAUCGCCCUGCAGCUUCAGACGUCCAGCCAGGGUGCGCUGCAGCUGGCGGCCAACACAUCCACCGUGGAGCUCAUAGAUGAUCUGGAGCCCGAGGAUCCGGACGAGGCGGGAGAGCCGCUUACACGCACCCGUAAUAACUCUGCCAUCCAUAUCAAGGUGUUUUAUCCCAAACUGUAGAGCCAGUUUUAGUAUUACCACAAUAAAUGGCAACUUCAGAGACUCCAUAAACAUUCAUGUAAAGUUCGUGGUGUGUAUUAGUUGUUUAAAGGCGAUGCCUGUUUUAUUUUGGAUGACUUCUGUUCUGGUUCAGCCUGAAGCUAAAACUCUCAAAUCUUGCACUGGCUUUGCUUAUUUAUUUAUUUAUUUAUUAAUUAAUUGCUGUGGUGUUCUUGAAUGUUUUUCAUUUGGAAAACAAGAAGUAGAAAGGAAAUGUGCCAUAUGUUUUUCCACUUUCAGAAACCACUUUAUGUAUUUGUUUUCUUGUGUAUAGUAAACUCAUAACCAAAAGAUCAUGCAGUUGUGAUUUAAAGCUCAGUUUAAUGGAAGGUAAAAAUACAUUGUUAGACCUA